AUGAAGACGACAUGGAAGGACAUCCAACCUGUGCCUACGAGCCAGGAAUUUCUAGAUAUCGUGCUGAGUCGCACGCAGAGGAGAUUGCCCACACAGAUUCGAGCAGGUUUCCAGAUUUCGAGAAUUAGAAAUUUCUAUACUAGAAAGGUGAAAUUCACGGCCGAAACUUUCAGCGAGAAAUUAUCUCUUAUCCUCGACGGAUUCCCUCGAUUACAAGAUAUCCAUCCUUUCCACAAAGAUCUCCUCAAUACCCUCUACGAUGCCGACCAUUUCCGCAUUGCCCUCGGUCAGCUCUCCACGGCUAAACAUCUCAUCGAGAUUGUCUCGCGCGACUACGUUCGGCUUUUGAAAUAUGCGCAGUCGUUGUUCCAGUGUAAACAGCUUAAACGUGCGGCGUUGGGACGAAUGGCCACGAUCUGCAGACGGUUGAAAGAUCCGUUGUUGUAUCUUGAUCAGGUCAGACAGCAUCUCGGUCGUCUGCCGAGUAUCGAUCCGAAUACCAGGACGCUGUUGAUUUGUGGAUAUCCUAAUGUGGGCAAAUCGAGCUUUUUGAAGAGUGUUACGAGAGCGGAUGUCGAUGUUCAACCAUAUGCUUUCACGACCAAGAGUUUGUUCGUGGGACAUUUCGAUUAUAAAUACCUACGAUUUCAGGCGAUUGACACACCGGGUAUUCUCGACCAUCCUUUGGAGGAGAUGAAUACUAUUGAGAUGCAGUCGAUUACUGCGAUCGCGCAUUUACGGUCUGCGAUUCUUUAUUUUAUGGAUUUGUCUGAACAGUGUGGAUAUACGGUUCAGGCGCAGAUGCAACUUUUCCAGAGUAUCAAGCCAUUGUUUGCGAAUAAGUUGGUGUUUAUUGUUAUCAAUAAGAUUGAUGUUACAAGACCAGAAGACCUGGAUGAGGAGAGCCAGGCUGCACUUCAAGCUCUGUUGAAGCCGGGAGAUGUGGAGAUGUUGCAGCUUUCAUGCACAACCGAGGAGGGUGUUCAGGAAGUCAAGAAUGCGGCUUGUGAGCGGUUAAUCGCAGACAGAGUUGCACAGAAACUCAAGUCUGGCACAAACAGUAGCGGAACUGUCGGUGGAAGACUUGGAGAUGUUCUCAACAGAAUCCAUGUCGCGAGACCGAUGGACGGCGUUGUUCGCGAGGCAUUCAUUCCUGAUGCUGUCAAGAAGAUGAAGAAAUACGACAAAAUGGAUCCAGAACGCCGGAAGCUCGCUAGGGAUCUUGAGGAAGAGAAUGGAGGUGCUGGUGUUUUCAACGUUGAUCUCAAGGAUAAAUACCUACUUGCAAACGACGAGUGGAAGCAUGACAAGAUUCCUGAAAUAUUCGACGGCAAGAACAUUGCCGAUUUCGUUGACCCAGAUAUCGAAGCUAAGCUCCAAGCUCUCGAGGACGAGGAAGAGAAGCUCGAAGCAGAAGGUUACUAUGAUUCUGACGAAUCAAUUGAAGACGACGAAGACGCAGAUAUCAGAAUGAAAGCUGAAAUCAUCCGUGAAAAACAAACGCUCAUCCGCAACGACGCCAAGAUGAAGAAAUCCCUCAAGAAUCGCGCCAUAAUCCCCCGCUCAUCUACCCGCAAGAAGCUCUCGGACAUGGACGACCAACUUGAUCAACUCGGUUUCGAUACCACAUCUAUCGUCUCCCGCGCUCGCUCCCAAUCUCGUGGCCGUACUCCAUUACGUAGCCGUACUGGUACCGAGGAUGCUAUGGAUGUUGAUGAUCCAGCGUAUGAAGCGAAGAUGAGAGCGAAGAGCAGGGCGAGAAGUCAGAGUAAUAGACGUGAUGAUGGUGUUACGAAUGAGACUGCUAGGACGAAGGCUGAGAGGGCUCAGAAGUUGGGCCAGAGAAAGAUGAAUCGUAUGGCUAGGCAGGGUGAGGCUGAUAGGCAUGUUCCUGCUGCUAUGCCUAAGCAUUUGUUCUCUGGAAAGCGUGGAAUGGGUAAGACCAAUUCUCGUUAA